AUGGCUGAUAACAAUAUAAAAAUGGCCCUCAGUCCCCGGCAGACCUUUGAUGGUCAGAGGGUGCGAAGAAUCUCCGGGUCAGCCAUGACGAUUGCUACGUGGAACGUCAAGAGUAUGUACCGCACCUAUAAAGUGGUAAAUAUAGAACGGGAGAUGCUAAGACUUAAGAUAAACAUCCUUGGGGUUCAGAGUUUCUUACCCAUAUCGGACAGAGUUUUAGUCCUGGAGUUAAGAGCAAAACCUAGAAACAUCCAGAUAGUCCAGGUUUAUGCACCAACCACCGAUGCUACUGACGAGGAUAAUGAACUCUUUUACGAACAAGUAGAAAACGCUCUUAAACAUCUCAAUCCACACAACAUUAUCCUAGUCCAAGGCGCCGAUAUUGGAUCUGAUCACAAUCCGGUUGUUGCAUCCCUUCGCUGUAGUAUGAAAAUUCUAAAACCUAAAUCAAAAAGACAACAAAUGGAUGUGACCAGACUUAAAGAACCGGAAAUACGGCUUAAAACAGCUACAGAAAUAAAUAUGGCUGUUGACCGCUUGAACAAAGAACUUGGUCCUAAUGUUGACGUAGAAGAGACAUGGACUAAAUUAAAGGAAAAGCUUGUUGAUACUGGUAAAAGAAUUCUCCAACCAUUAAAAUGUAAAAUAAAAAACCGCUGGAUCACUGAGGAGAUUUUAAGCCUAAUGGAACAGCGCAGAACCCACAAAGGAGUAGACGAUCAACAAUAUAAAUACAUACACAAGUUAAUCCAAACAAAAGUACUUGAAGCGGAAGAAAAAUGGAUGGUUGACCAAUGCAUUGCGAUAGAAGAGUUUGAGGCCAGAUAUGAUUAUUUUAAUGUGCAUAGGAAAGUCAGGGAAAUAACGGGUACUUUUAAAACACGAAACAUGAACUGUAACGUUUUACUGGAUGAUCAGGGAAAUCCUGCUAAAACAAUUGAAGAUAAACUUAAUACUUGGCAAAAUUAUAUAACAACACUAUUCCAUGACGUUAGACCUGCUCUAGAAUCAAGUUCAUGUGGAAUCAUGGAUCUAGCGAAGUUAUCUUUUUGCUACGGGGUAACUUGGGUCGCACUCAAGGCAGUCCGGUUUCCUUGUAAUGCCUUAUCAGUAAAUUACAGUGGG